AUGCUCGAACUUGCAGCCCGAGAUCGCUCACUCGCGAAUGGGCGAAAUGGGCUGGAGGCCGCACGAGCUACGGUUUGUUGCAUCCUGGCAGAUAUUCUGAAAAGUUUCAUGUAUGAUCUUGCCAGCGUGAAAGAAACAUUGACCAGUACUGCUGGAUACAAGUACUUUAUUCUUGAAAGUUUGGUUGGCAAAUUGACUCCAGGUGAAAAUACAGGCCGCCGAGAGAGCAUCGAGGGCUGGAUGGGCAACCGCGACAGACACUUCAAAUUCCAUCGACUCCUAUCAUAUCUAACAAAACUAACUCCGACCUCAGCUGCACAACUCCGAACAUCCGCCCCGUUAACUCGAACAAAUGCCGCAACAAUCAUCCCAAAGCCUCGAUGGAGUAAUGUCUGGCAUGCAGCCAAGCAAGACCAACAGCGGGAUUCUGGACUUACCAAACGGUUUAAACGAAAACGUAUCAAUAUAACCCUUCCACCCCCACAACGCAACCGUCAGAUGUAUGGCUACUACGUAUCUGAGAAGUGGCUUUAUGACACGGCUCGUUCCUUCCUCGCCGAGCUACAUCCCGACUUUUCCGAAACCAUGGCCAGGACCAAUGCCCAUGCAGACCCUAGCUACAGCUUCCAAAAAACUUUCCACAUCCAUUCGCUAUCGACCUCUCUAGCAAUUCUACCUCCCGGACAGAUAGUUCCUGUGGAAUGCAUGGAAGACGAUGCUGUCUGCGUGUUGUACAUCUUCAGCGACCAGCCGGAUAGUUAUCAUCAGCGUCCUACUCAGAAACAGGUUGAUGAACUCACCAAGUUCAUGGGCAGAGAGCCGCAGUGGUGGGUAGACGUUAUGCCACCAAAGUUCUACAGAUGA